AAGCUGCUGAUUUAUAUUACAUUUGUAAGAGUUCUAUAGACAAAUUAUUUUGAUUACUAGGACAUCUUAUUCAGGGUCCAUUUCCCUUAUGUUGAUUUGACUUUAUUUUUGUAUGCUUUAAGGUAUGAUGAAUCGAUACCUUACAUAAGUAUGAAACAUACAGAGUGGAACAAUUAAUAUGUUUACAAAUGGCUUUAUUCCAUUCUCCUUUCAAAGGAAUGUACCUUAACAUUGCAUGGUAUGUAUUCACAAUAAUGUUUUUGACCGUGAAACUUAAGCAACUCUGAACUCUCACCAAAUGCACAUAAUAGUGCUUUUGCAAAAUGUCUUGUUACCAUACACAGCUUUUUUUGGUAGCUGGAUCAUUUUCCUACAUCAAAGCCCAUCAGGCUCACAAGUAUUUCAACAAACUGAGUGAUUUGGGUAUACCACUUCAGGGUUUUCUGGGUGAGGUAGAAAAGUAAAGCGGAAACAAAAAUCUGUCACUUUUCUUUAUGAGAAAAGGUUCGGUCUUUGUUCUCCAUUUCAUCGUUGGAAUGAAAUGUUAUUUAUAGUGUAUCUUGUCUUUCACAACAGCCUGCAAAAGCUUUCACUGGGCUAAUCUUAAUCUUCAGUUUGCUUUUCAAAAUGAAUGCUUCUGAUGUGAGGCUACUUUACAGGAAGCAUGACCUCAUUUUGCCUCUGUGCCGCCGAUUGCACAGGCUGUUUUCAAAAGGAAACAGGGGACUUCAUAGGACUGCCUUUCCAAAGACUCAGGGCUAAUCUCUUCCACGAAGUUGCAGAAAGAGCACCCUCCACUUAACAUCUCAGAGGCUCUCAUGUUGGUGGUGUGAAAUUUUUUUGCAUACAUGUGUUAAGAGUGAAAUGGAUUUUCAAGAUUUGGAAGAUUUUGCCCAUAUUUAUCUCUUAAUGUAUUUGUCAGCUGAGGAAUAACUAAGCUUUGGAUUAAUUUCUAUAUCGCUCUUCAGGAAGUUUUGGUUUUUUGUGAAUACUGUUAUCAUAACCUGCAGGGAGGAAGGACUAGACUACUCUUCAAAAAUCACUAAUCUGUGCGAACAAAAAAACCUAUCUUUGUAGAUACUUGUUUGAUAGGUACAAUAGAAUUAAACUGAUUGCUUGGGCUUCAGCUAAUUUAAUAGUUAGCACUGUAUUUUGGUACAGACUAAUGUAAGUAUUUAGAAUGUAAAUAUAGGCAGGGGACUCCUGGCUACCAAUUGAGGGCAUCAUUGGCACUGAGGUUUAUUUGAUUUUUGGAUGAAAAGGAAAUUAAAACCGACGAUUUUGGACAGUGACUUUUUGUUUAUAUUAUGACAUGGGCUUUUGGUUGUUUUGAAAUUCAAGGGGAAUUUUUUCCGUAAACUUUUAUUUGAAUUCUUGACAUAAAAUAUUGCUGCAUUCACCUCAGAUUCACUUUUAGUGAGAUUUCUUAAAGCUGUUGGCCUUUUCUCAUGUUAUAGUUUAAAGGUUCUGUACUGAUGCUCAUUUUGUGGAUUAGAGAUAUAAUAUUACUGCUUUAUCAUACAGUGGUGGUUGAGUUGCUUUGUUUUGGCUUGCUUAUAUUGUUACCAUAGCUUCUCAUGCUAUUAAUUGCCCAGAAAUGGGACUGAAUAUUAAAUGAAAGCAGAACACUGUGCAGCGUUAUCUACAGCAUGAUGUUUCCAUGCUUUCUCCAGCAUUGAUUGAAUUAUGAUUUUCAGGAACCCUCUUCAUUAAUGCAUGAGAAAGAAAUAAAACUCAUGAUCAAGGGUAGCAAAAGAAUCUAUAGGAUUGCCUGUUCUAUGACUGUUUAAAAAAGCUUGGUAUUAUUAUUACUUAAAAUAGUUUGAAAGCAAAUUACAACUGCUUAUUAACUGUUCUUCAGCAGAGGGAAAGUCAUCGCCUCCCCAGUAAUGUAUUUGCAUAUGUAUAGCUCUUGCUUUCUUUUAUAAACAUAUGUAUUUACUCUAUUUUACCUUAGAUUUUACUUCUCUGGAGGGUGGCAGAUAAAUAAGCAUCCUGCAGAGACAUACUUGCAAAUUUAGGAGACAAUUCAAAUUAGUAAAGGAAGGACUGUGGUUUGUACGGCCACUUGGAUUAGUACGUGCCAACACUUUCUAAGUGUAAGCACUACCUAUAGGUAAGAUACUAUUCUUAAAAGUUACUCUUUUUUAGCAGUUGUUACUUUAUAUUAUUGUAACUGAAAAAAACCACAUGCAAUACAACUGUGUUGUGGGUUUUAGUUGCUGGAAAGUUUCACUCUCAGAAGAGUUGUAGCAGGUAUAACUGAUGGUGAGGUAUAUUUCUAUAUCCCUUUACAAACAAAUCUGCCCUAGAGUCAUUCAUUUUUGCCUAAGUGAGAAUACAACUAAUUAUGUAAUAUAUAUUGAAGAUACUAUCUUACACAUCCUAAUUUUCAGAAAAGACAAAAUAAAACAUACUUCUGUUUCUUUGUAAAUGCUUUUACACACAAUCCAUAUUACUGUUAGCCCAGCAUGUAUGAAACAGUCCUUUUCAAGAUGUAUGGAAUAUCACAUGUUGCAUCGACGCAAGAAGCAAGUAAAUUUGUGCACAUUUGUCAGAGCUUUCAAUAAAAACCUCUGUACUUUGCCUCUGCAGAUUCAACAGCGUUUAAUGGUGAACAUAGACGCAGCCUCUCACAACAUAUUUUUCCAAGUUAUGCUUGCACCUUUUUGGACAAUGACCCUGCCGAUGGAAGACAGUUUUCUGUCUGAUGAGGAGGGCAACAUAACACUGACACCAUCCCAGACAAGUGUUACAUAUAAAGAGAAUUUUGUCCGUGUAUUCAGGCGAAGGAAAAAAAUCUGUCACUCUCUUGCUAGUUUGUUCAAUCUCAGUGCCUCCAGGUCAUGGCUCAGCAGCACUGUCCUCAGCAAUACGGACUCCUCUCAUGUAGAUGAUCCUUGGCUUGACGGAUUCCAUAAACUAAAAGCCAGUCAGAAUGAUACUGGUGAUUCGGACUUUUCUUCUGAGUGUAAUAGCCAUGUGCUGCAGAGGCAAACUCUAGCAUCUAAUGGAGCCUCUCUCACCAAAGGUGAUGAGUUUCUUCAGCCCAAGAAACCAUUUUGUGCUUCAGAAUCCUGCUCUCCAUUUAUGAUUAAUGCAAAUGAAGAGACUUCGAGCAAUGCAAAAUCCAGGGCAGUGCAAAAUGUCCUUUCUCAGAUGGCUGCACUGAUCAUGCAUUUAAUAAUUUCAAUGUGUACAAGGUAAUUGUUAUUUCUUUGAUUUGUUGUUUCUGAUAUUAGUGCUUACUCUGUUUCAACUGGUGAAUAAAACAUAAAUUAAGGGUCACAUUUUCAAAGUUAGAUGUAUCUUAUUGUGAAAACAUUUUUUCACAUAACAGUCAAUGCAGGCAAAUAUCUGAGCUAUACAGAUAUGCACAAAAGUAAGAAAUAUGUAUACAGAUGUGAAAACCACUAUGUCAAGUGAGCUUGGGCAGGGGUUCUGAAAGGCUGAGAAGAACCAGAAUGGAUCCAUCUCUUUCUAAGUGACCAACAUAGGUGAUUCUUUAAGUCUGGGAAUGCUAUGUUUUUUCUUUCUAGGUGGUUAUCCUCAAUGGCUUAAGUAAUUUAAAGUUUCCAACUGCAAUUGACCUACCAGAGUUCAGAGGGUUCAUCUGCAAGAACCUUCUCUCCUCCCACCCAGGCUUCAUGUCUAUUAACCCAAUAUGCAUCUCUUGGGUUUUUCUAACCUUUAUGGGUAUUAUUGUGUUCUCAGGUAUUUUCUGGGAGCAUUGGCUUCCACUUUGUUGCUGAUAAUUUUAGUUUGUAAGUACAGAUUUUCUUUAUAUUCAACACAAAAUAUUUUACUAAAUGAGUCACAUCUGAGGACCAAAAUCCAUCAUUGGAUGUAUAUCCACAGCUUUUAUUAAUGCUUAUAAGAGCAGUAUGUUGGCAUAUGGGGACAGAAUGUAACCUUCAAUCAGUUACAGGAUUUUGCAUUUGAAUUUCACAUUUCUUUUGUCCCAAGAUGCUGCUAUGUCAUCUUUCUUUGGACUUGACACAUUUUCCAAAGCAACUAACUUUUGAACUAUCACACAGGAUCUCUACAAAAGGGAUGACAAACCCCUUGGUAUUGAGCAUAACAAAAUAACAGGUAUUUCUGUGCAAUACGGUGUAGAUACAUCAUUUAAAAUACUGAACACAGAAAGAACAGGAUUUUUUUCUUUUUCAAAUUUAUUAUCUUGAAUUGAAGCUAUGUUCUCAACUAAAAAGUUAAUAGUACUAGCAAAAGGUACAGCUAUAAAGGUCGUUGUUUGAAGGGGCCUGCAUUUUAAUAUGAAAUAAAUGGGCAGGUGCAAGGCCUUGCCAGUGGCCCUCCUUUAUUCUCUGGCUCUGUGGAGUGGCCUUGGGCCACACAGUGGUGCCAUUCAACCAGCUGCAUAAACAUCCCUCUCCUCAGCAUGGAUUUGUUACUGACCCAGUCAGGCAGACCUGGACAAAUACUAUGGAGUUAAGCUAAAGUGCAUAAACUACUUCUGCUCCUUUGUGUCUCAUUACCUGCACAAAACUUACGAGUUUUAACUCAAUGACACCUGCUUUAUCCUAUCCUCUAAAUCGCAAUACAGUUAGAAAUUUGCAGUGUGGCUGUGGGGAGUUCCAUGUAUUA